ACAGCAUUGCGCCAGCGCACCUCAGAUACUGGUGGUAGGUACUGUUGGUUCCCGUGCCUUGCCCAGUGUAGGCGCCGGGCGCCGGUUCCGCUUGCCAUUGCCCAUCUGUGUCCCUGGGCGAGCUUGUCCAAGGAAGGAGCCGCCAUCGCCCUUCCCAAAAACACCCAACCUCACUCACCCUCACCUACUUCGUAACCUCGUCACCUUAUUACUCUGCUUCGCCUGCUCCUCGCCUCCUCCUCCACAACUCUCCUGCUCGUGCGAAGCGUCAGCAUUUUCUUCCCCAACACUCGCACCCACGCCGGCGAAUUGAAUCAGUAGUUCUGUCGCCCGUCCUUCCCGACUGGAGCUCGUCUCCAGCAACAGCAUUCCAAACCUCCCGCGGGCGCCCGCCCGCCCGCCGCACAGCACAACACACGCUCCACCAUGGAUCGACCAAACACUCCCUCGAGGCCGCCGGACUAUAGUCUGCCCAGCUAUGAUGAUGAUCAUGAUACUCCUACCGGCCAGAAUUCCGCCGCCGUCAGGCUUCUAACUUCCGUCGAGGACCCCGUCGAUAGUGCAGCUACCCGAGCUGCUCGUCGCUCAUAUCAGCCGAGCGUCACUGAGGCGCAUUCGCGAUCCAACUCCAUCCUCGACGACGCACCCACCAUGCCACCGCCGGAUUCAACAUACGUUCCUUUCGCUAGCAGGGAGCCGGGCACCCCUCGCCGACCCUGGACCCCGUCCACAAGGUCGCCCGAAUAUUCGAGACCGCCUGCCUCCACCGUCUCUUACGAGCCCUCGGACAUCAACGGCAGCCCCAGGCCCGGUACUCCGUCGUCCCGUUAUGGCGGCAGCCCACGGCGGCCACUGCCGCCGGCGCCUCUCUUCUCAAACUCAGCGCGACACUCGGAGGCUUUUGCCGACGACGCAACCGUAUCUAUCCCCCUCGGCGGCAGCGACGAUGUCUUUGGACCUGGCUCUGGCUCGGACCUGAGCGACUCCCGUCCACUUCCAAUGGACCGCGACUCUUUUAUGUCGGCCUCCCAAGAGACACUGAGCGAGGAGCCCGAGGCGUACGAGAAAUUUGAGCAUUAUGGUCCCGCGCCAGAUGGUGCGCAAGAACGACGUGGCGUCCGAGCGCCGCAAAUGUCCAAGAAGGAGGUGCAGCUCAUCAACGGCGAGCUGGUGCUCGAGUGCAAGAUUCCCACCAUUCUCUACAGCUUCUUGCCCCGCAGAAGCGAGGUGGAGUUCACACACAUGAGGUAUACGGCUGUCACCUGCGAUCCCGACGACUUCGUUGAAAGAGGCUACAAGCUACGCCAGAGCAUCGGCCGAACCACAAGAGAGACAGAGCUGUUUAUAUGCAUCACCAUGUACAACGAGGACGAAUUCAACUUUACCCGCACCAUGCAUGCCGUCAUGAAGAACAUUGCCCAUUUCUGCUCACGCUCCCGCUCCCGCACCUGGGGUGAGAAUGGCUGGCAAAAGAUUGUCGUCUGCAUCAUCUCCGACGGCCGCGAAAAGAUCCAUCCUCGCACGCUUGAUGCCCUUGCCGCCAUGGGCGUCUAUCAACACGGCAUUGCCAAAAACUACGUCAACAAUCGUGCCGUCCAGGCGCACGUGUACGAAUACACGACACAAGUCUCCCUUGACUCUGAUCUCAAAUUCAAGGGAGCUGAGAAGGGCAUUGUUCCCUGUCAGAUGAUUUUCUGCCUCAAGGAGAAGAAUCAACGCAAGCUCAACUCGCAUCGGUGGUUCUUUAAUGCCUUUGGCAAGGCUCUCAAUCCUAACGUCUGCAUCCUGCUUGACGUCGGCACGCGCCCCGGUGGAAACUCGCUCUACCACCUUUGGAAGUCGUUUGACACCGACUCCAACGUUGCCGGUGCUUGCGGAGAGAUCAAAGCAAUGAAGGGGAGGCUGGGAUCAAACCUGCUCAAUCCCCUUGUGGCGUCCCAAAACUUCGAGUACAAGAUGUCCAAUAUUCUAGACAAGCCACUGGAAUCCGUCUUUGGGUACAUUACGGUUUUGCCCGGUGCCCUCAGCGCCUACCGUUACCAUGCCUUGCAGAACGACGAGACAGGCCACGGACCAUUGAGUCAGUACUUCAAGGGCGAAACUCUGCACGGCCAACAUGCCGAUGUCUUCACCGCCAACAUGUAUCUUGCCGAGGAUCGCAUCCUAUGCUGGGAGUUGGUGGCCAAGCGAGGCGAGCGUUGGGUGCUAAAAUACGUCAAAGGCUGCACGGGCGAGACGGACGUUCCCGAUACGGUUCCCGAGUUCAUCUCGCAGCGUCGACGUUGGCUCAAUGGCGCCUUUUUCGCUGCCGUCUACUCCAUCGUCAAUGCGCGGCAGAUCCUCACAACAGACCACACCAUUGCUCGCAAGGUUCUUCUCUUCAUCGAGUUCAUAUACCAGACCAUCCAGCUCCUGUUCACGUACUUCUCGCUGGCCAACUUCUAUCUCACAUUUUACUUCGUUGCCGGUGGCUUGACGGAUCCCCUGGUGGAUCCCUUUGGCCACAACAUCGGAAACAUAUUCUUCACCAUCCUGCGGUAUACGUGCGUGCUGCUCAUUUCCACCCAGUUCAUCUUGUCCCUCGGCAAUCGACCACAAGGUGCGCGAAAGCUGUAUCUGGCGAGCAUGAUUAUCUAUAGCGUCAUCAUGGCCUACACCAUUUUUGCGGCGAUAUACAUUGUCACGCGGCAGCUCGUCGCGAAGCGAGAUCAUGGCGAGGACCUCGUCAUUGGCAACAACGUCUUCACAAACCUCAUCGUCUCCAUGGCAUCGACCGUGGGCUUGUACUUCCUCAUGUCCUUCCUCUACCUGGACCCCUGGCACAUGGCAACGUCAUCGCUCCAGUACUUCCUCCUGCUGCCCAGCUACAUCUGCACCCUGCAAGUUUACGCCUUCUGCAACACACACGAUGUGACCUGGGGAACCAAGGGCGACAACGUCAUCAAGACAGAUCUCGGCGGCGCUGUUGGCAAAGGCCAAACCGUCGAGUUGGAGAUGCCCAGUGAACAACUCGACAUCGACAGCGGCUACGAUGAGGCGCUGAGGAACUUGCGAGAUCGCCUUGUCGUCCCCAGUCCGGGCAUCAGCGAGGCCCAGAUGCAGGAGGACUACUACAAGAGUGUGCGGACGUACAUGGUGGUGACGUGGAUGAUCGCCAACGGUAUCCUCGCCAUGGCUGUCUCGGAGGUCUACAGCAACAAGGGCAUCGGCGACAACUUUUACUUGCGAUUCAUCCUGUGGAGCGUCGCUUCCCUCGCCGUCUUCCGUGCCCUUGGCUCGACCACCUUUGCCAUCAUCAAUGUCGUCAACAUCAUCGUCGAGGGCAGGAUACGCAUGAGCAUCAAGAUGCCGCAGUGGAUGGGCGGCAUGGGUAGUAAGCUGAGCGAGACGGUCAGCAGCGUAGGGAGCAGUCUCAAAAGCUGAGGCGCCCGGAAAGAUGGUUGCGCAUGGUUGGAUUGGUAAUUUGGCUCGUCGGGCAUUGGGUGCAGGGCGUUGAUGUGUGUGUUUUGGUGAACCGGAUCUGGGUCGCUGGGUGAUGUCGAGGCUAUAUGUAUGAUGGUAUGCUGCUAUGCAAAGCGGGAAUGAUAAUCAAUGCCGCCGUAUUGCAUCCCUUGCUUGUGUCGGGCAAAUGCUUUGAUUCCGCCCAUCAGGGUAGGAAACUCGUCGGGCCACAACGGAC